AUGACUGCAACGACUCUGUUUUCGAAGCUCGAGGCUCACCUUGCUAACACCCAAGCCAAAACCUACGCGCCUGAUGCAGCAGGCUACAAGCAAGUUGAACAAUGUUUUGUUGAGAAACUUGUUCAAACUCUUGGUGUAGUCAGACCUCAAAACGGCGAUGAAAUUGCUUUAAUAGUGCAAUUCUGCCUUGAACAUAAUGCCGAGUUCAGCGUACGAGGGGGAGGCCACGAUUGCGCCAGUCGAACAUUGGUCGAUGGGGCGAUUGUGAUUGAUAUGCGAGAUAUCAAGCACGUUGUCAUAGCUGAGGACAAGAAAAGCGCAAGAGUCGGUGGCGGUAUUCUCAGUGGUGAAUUGGCCAAGGCCUUGGUGGAAGAAGGCCUGAGUACGCCUACUGGUACUGUCGCGAGCGUAGGAUAUACUGGAUGGGCAACGCUCGGUGGUUAUGGCCCGUUGACAUCGCAUUAUGGCCUCGGCGUGGACCAGAUCAUUGGAGCAAAGAUAGUGAAUGCUCGUGGAGAAGUCCAGAAUGCUAAUGAAGAACUGCUUGUCGGCAUCCGAGGCGGCGGUGGAUCACUUGGUAUAAUCGUUGAACUGACUAUCAAAGUUUACCCAGUCAACAAAAUCCUCUCGUCCAUGAUCAUCUACGACUCAAGCGACCUAUCCGCAGCUCUGACAUCCUACACCCAGCACUACGAAAAGCUUCUCGAAUCAGGCGACCUCCCAGUGUACCUGCAACUCCAACCGAUGAUCGCCCAAAUGCCCGGCCAACCCGUUAGUCUUAUGGUCAUCGCUACUUGGCAUGGCGACGAUAAAGACGAAGGCCGAUCGUGGAUCAAAAAAGUUGCCGAGGCGGCGACAUGCGUGAUGGAGAAUACGCAGGAAAUUACCCUCGCGGAUAUGCUUGAGAAUAAUGAGAAGUUGGUUACUUGGCCUUCGUACGGUCGGGUCUACACUCUGAACUGCAAGACUCUGACUAAGAAGGCGAUUGAGAUCCUGGCGAAGCAGUGCGUCAAUACCCCAGGUGGAAGUCUGAUCUUAUCAUACCAUACGCUUCUCUCAGCCCAAGAACCUGAGCAGAAGUCUGUUUUUGGUACAAGAGCUCGUCAUCAUAUGUUUGAGAUCUACGCCAUUCUUCCUGAUAAGGCUGCCGCAGAGGAGCGGGUUCGAUGGGCUGCCAGGGUUAAGGCUGAGCUUCAGGCAGAAGAUGCUGAUAAUAUCCUGGAGGGGUCGUAUAUAUCGCUUGGUACUCAUGAGGAUGCUGAUGUCAAGAAAGUCUAUGGGAAGCACUAUGAGACGUUGGCGGCGCUGAAAAGAAAGUAUGAUCCUGAGAAUGUGUUCAAGCAUAGCAUUCCAAGAUUGGUGUUUACUGAGAAGGGGAAUGAGAUUAUUGAGGCUUAA